CAAAAUGGCGGGGGAGGGUUUGACUUGGAGAAAAAGAAUACUUCAGAAACUUGGAGAUCGAAAUCUACAGGAAUUAAAAUACUUCGACGAUCUUGUGAAAGCACAUAACAGACUGUUUGAAGUAGCAGAUUCUUCUAAAUCAAAAAUAAUCCAACUAGAAAUACAAACCUUUCAACUUCAGCAGGAAAGGACAGAGCUACAAGGCCGGAUUCAAGAACUUAGUGCAUCUGGAGCAGGAGCUGCUGCAGCAACUGCAACAUCAGAAAAAGUAACCUCUCUUGAACAAAAGCUCUUUAAAACUCAAGAAGAGUUGACAGAGCUUCAUCGAUGGAAGUCUGAAAAUGCUCAACAUGUAACAGAACUAAUGAAUCAAAUUAGGCAAAAAGAAGAGGAAGUUUUGCAAAAAGAAGCUCAGCUUCACGAUGCAAUAAGUAACCAAAAUGCUAUGAAAACUGAAUGUCAAAACCUAGGACAGACUAUAAUAGAUUUACAAAAAGCUAAUGAGUUAAUAAAAGAUGAGCUGCAAGUACUGCAACUUGAACACACUUCACUUGAAGAUAAAUUCAAAAAAACACAAGAGGAAAAUAGAGAAUUGGUUGAAAGAUGGAUGAUACAAAAAGCAAAAGAUGCAGAUAAAGUUAAUAUGGAAAAUGAAUUACAAGUCAGAACUCGGCAAGCACAAUUGCAGAGGGAAUUAUUAGAAGCAGCCAAAGAACCUGUAAAUAUACCGAAUUUAUCAGAUUCGCCUCAUAUACCAUACUGUGUUAUUACUACUAUUCCAGCAUUUCCCCAAACCAAAUUUGAUGCACAUGAUGGGGAGGUUUUAUCAGCAAAGUUUAGCAUAUCAGGAAGGUUGUUUGUUACAGGUGGAGGGGACAAGAAAGUAAAAGUCUGGGAAACUGGAAAUGAUACAAUUAUAUCAAAAGGUACCAUGCAUGGCUGUACAUAUGCUGUCACAUCAGUUCAGUUUGAUGUGCAGGAAAAGUUGAUUCUGGCAGCUUCUAAUGAUCAAGCUUGUCGAGUUUGGACAGUUGCUGAUGAAAGACUCAGACAUACUUUAACUGGACAUCAAAGCAAAGUCAUGACAGCAAAGUUCAUGGGUUCAGAUGCAUCCAAAGUUGUCUCAGGAAGCCAUGAUAGAACUUUAAAGAUAUGGGAUCUGAGAAGCAAAGCUUGUAUUCGUACAAUCUUUGCUGGAUCAAGUUGUAAUGACCUUGUCAUUAAUGAGCUUAUAGGAAGCCAAAUAAUAAGUGGCCAUUUUGAUAAAAGAGUACGAUUUUGGGACUCAAGGUCAGAUACAUCCGUUGGUGAAAUCACAUUACAAGGAAAAGUAACUUCUUUAGACCUUUCUCCUGACAUGAACCAAGUUCUUGCCAGUACACGUGAUGAUACAGUUAAAGUUAUUGAUCUGAGAAUGAGCCAAGUUGUUUCAACCUGCAGUGGUGAUGGAUUCAGACUAGCAACAGACUGGACAAGAGCUUGUUUUAGCCCUGAUGGUCAAUAUGUAAUGUGUGGAUCUCAAGAUGGUAGUGUGUAUAUCUGGAAUAAUUCAACAGCAAAAUUAGAAAAAGUUUUAAAAGAACAUAGUUCUGGAGUCAUAGUAGCAGCCUGGCACCCAACAGGUACAAGAAUAAUAAGCUGCGACCGAAAUAAGCAUGCUGUUGUAUGGAGUAGCCGAUAUGGUUAAAAUAAUAAAAAAACUAAUAAACUUAAGCUUAAGGUAGUAAAAAUAGCUUAAUAGAUAGAUGGCUUUGUAACAAAUCAUUUUCUAUACUGACAUCACCAUUGAUAAGUUAUGACAUAAUUGAUGUCAAAUAGUGUCUAUAACUGUGAAAGGGAUUAGGAAAUUUAGAUAAGCAUAAGUACAUACAAUCACUAAAAGUGUUCAAAAUAAAAACCAUUAAACAUUGCUAAAUAUUAUGCUAAUACUUAUAUGUAUUUAGCACUAUUUGGUAGCAAAAAGAACAAGGUCUGUCACACUUUUAGUGUUUGUAAUCAAGUAUUGGUCCAUGAUGUUUUAUAAAUGUUUUUCUAUCGUAGCUUUUCAUAAUUAAAGCAUAAAGCGAUGAAACAUUCAAAUUUUUUGAGAGAACCCAAGGGAUGUUAGGAAGACUACCCACUAAUAGAUGAAUAAAAUUGUACAGUUAGUGAAUGAGAUAUGCUAAAUACCAAAGUCAUUUAAGCAAUCCUCUUGUUUAAAUCAAAUAGGUAACACUUUGGGCAAUAUUUGAUUGCUGGACAAAAAACCAUGCCUUAGAAAUGUGUUAUCUGUUUGAGUAUGGAGAUGGAGAUGUGAUGGUGCAAUCUCAUGUUCAACAUCUUAGCAGAGAAUUGACUUUUGGUUGUAUAUUGUCUUAUUUACUGAUUGUAUGUACUUAUAUUAUUGUACAUUUUGUUGAUGAUUAUUAUUAGAAGUGCAGUGUUAAUGUAUUAAAGGGGAAGUCCACACACGAGACAAGUCACUCACUGCACGAAAUACCACACUGCUGACAAUUCAUUUUAUUUUAUUUGACGUAAAUUGUGAUUUAGGCUGUACAAAGAAUUUUUGGUUUUCACAAAUAUGAAUGGAUUUAUAAAUAAGAUGAAUUAGGUAUCAACAACAUUGCUAAUUCAUGUGAUUUUUGGUCAUCUGUUAAAGGAAAAACAAUACACAUGACAACAACAUAGUGUGUAAACACAAAUAGAGAACAAACAGGAAAGAGUCUAGAGUAAACACACUAAAUUCAUGAAGCAAACAUUACUAUAAUUACAACUAAAUAGUGUAAAAUAGGAAACCUAUUUAUAUUUCAUAAAUUAGUCAACUCUAUCACUCUAGUCCUUACUGUUAUUUUACAUAAUGAAAGUCACUCUUUUUGUCCUUAUAAUUUAACAUUUCACUGGUUUAUUGUGAAGACUCUAGCAACUAUACUAUAUAACAAAAGAUACUAGUAUGUGGGAAUACAAUUAGAAAUAUAUGUUUUAUAAACAUGAAAAA